AUGGCCUCCCUGCUGAACCGGGCAUCUGGGCCCUCCGCUAGUGCCCGCCUGCACUCGGCCAGCGUCGCGAGGCCGCGCGUCGUGAGGGCCCCGAUAUGCAGGAGUCGCACGGGGACCGUGGCGGUCCGCGCCUUCUUCAGCUUCCUGGCGCCCAAGGCCGGGGCGCCUCAGAAGGCGGACCCGCGCCGCGCAGAGUUGGUGGAGGAGCUCGUAUCCAUAGCUGAGCCCACCGAUGCCGGUGCCAAGGCGGGCGCCGCUACCAGGGAGGAGAUCGAGGAGCUGGUGAGCGCGCCCGCAUGGCGGGGCCGCGGUGCGGGGCCGGGGGGCCGCGCGGGCGAGCGGGCGUCUGGCGCCCCCGAGUGGCGGGUGUCUGAGCUGGCGCCCUACAGCGUCAAGAACCCGAUGCGCUCGCCCCUGCUGUGGGGUGACUACGAGGUGCUGUACGCGUCCAACCCGGCGGCCGUGGGCGGGCCCCUGAAGAAGGGCGGCGGCCCGGUGGUGUUCCCGGGCCAAAAGGCGGUGCAGCGGCUGAUAGAGCCGGACCAGCUGGUCAACGAG